CGUAUUUCUGCCUCAGAUACAGUCGCAGGAGCAAACUAAACAUUAGUUUGACACCGUGCCUCAGACAUGUGUGGAAUAUUUGCGUACCUAAAUUAUCACGUGCCUCGCACCCGCCGUGAGAUCCUCGAGAUCCUGCUCAAAGGUCUACAGCGGCUGGAGUACCGCGGCUACGACUCGGCAGGUGUCGGCAUCGAUGGAGGAAACACUAAAGACUGGGAGAGCAAUGCUAAGUCCAUCCAUCUGAUCAAACAGAGAGGCAAAGUGAAGGUCCUGGAUGAGGAGAUCCACAAGCAGCAGGACAUUGAUCUAGAUGUCGAGUUUGAUGUCCACCUUGGUAUUGCGCACACACGCUGGGCCACACACGGUGCUCCCAGUCCUGUCAACAGCCACCCACAUAGAUCGGACAAAGACAACGAGUUCAUUGUUAUUCAUAAUGGAAUCAUCACCAACUACAAAGACCUGAAGAAGUUCCUGGAGAGUAAAGGUUAUGAGUUUGAGUCAGAGACCGACACAGAGUCCAUCGCUAAGCUGGUGAAGUACAUGUACGACAACCGCGAGGACGAUGAGGUCAGCUUUGCCACGCUCGUCGAGCAGGUCACCCAGCAGCUGGAGGGAGCUUUCGCCCUGGUGUUCAAGAGCAUACACUAUCCAGGAGAGGCUGUAGGAACAAGGAGAGGAAGUCCACUGCUGAUGGGUGUAAAGAGCGACCACAAGCUCUCGACGGAUCACAUUCCCAUCCUCUACCGCUCAGCUAAUAAGGACAAGAAAAGCUGCAGUGGUUCUCUACCCAGGAUGGACCAGGACACCUGCCUGUUCCCUGUGGAGGAGAAAGCUGUAGAGUUCUACUUCGCCUCUGAUGCCAGUGCUGUGAUCGAGCACACGAACCGAGUCAUCUUCCUGGAAGACGGCGACAUCGCUGCUGUGUCUGAAGGUCGUCUGUCCAUCCACCGGAUCAAACGGAGAGUGGGAGAUCAUCCGGCUCGCGCCAUCCAGACCCUGCAGAUGGAGCUGCAGCAGAUCAUGAAGGGUAAUUUCAGCUCUUAUAUGCAGAAGGAGAUCUUCGAGCAGCCGGAGUCUGUCGUGAACACCAUGAGAGGCAGAGUGAACUUCGAUGACAACACAGUGACAUUAGGAGGAUUGAAAGAUCACAUUAAGGAGAUCCAGAGAUGUCGGAGACUCAUCCUUAUUGCAUGUGGAACCAGCUAUCAUGCAGGAGUAGCAACUCGUCAGGUGUUAGAGGAGUUAACUGAGCUGCCUGUCAUGGUGGAACUGGCCAGCGACUUCCUGGAUCGCAACACACCCGUCUUCCGUGACGACGUGUGCUUCUUCAUUAGCCAGUCAGGUGAGACAGCAGACAGCCUGAUGGCACUGAGGUACUGUAAGGAGCGCGGUGCCCUCACCGUGGGCAUCACCAACACCGUGGGCAGCUCCAUCUCUCGUGAGACCGACUGUGGCGUCCACAUCAACGCUGGGCCUGAAAUCGGAGUGGCCAGCACCAAGGCGUACACCAGUCAGUUUGUGGCCCUCAUCAUGUUCGCCCUGCUCAUGUGCUCUGACAGAAUCUCCAUGCAGCCCAGGAGGAGGGAGAUCAUUCAGGGCCUCAGAGUGCUGCCAGACCUGAUAAAGGACGUGCUGGGUCUGGAUGAGGAGAUCCAGAAGCUGGCCGCCGAGCUCUACCAGCAGAAGAGCGUGCUCAUCAUGGGCCGAGGCUAUCACUACGCCACCUGCCUUGAAGGGGCGCUGAAAAUUAAAGAGAUCACCUACAUGCACUCGGAAGGGAUCCUGGCAGGAGAGCUGAAGCACGGCCCUCUGGCUCUGGUGGAUAAACUCAUGCCUGUUAUAAUGAUCAUCAUGAGGGAUCACACGUACAUCAAGUGCCAAAACGCUCUGCAGCAAGUGGUGGCAAGACAGGGUCGUCCCAUAGUGAUCUGCGACAAGGACGACUACGAGACCGCGAAGAGCUCGAGCCGCACUAUUAAAGUGCCGCACUGUGUGGACUGCCUGCAGGGGAUCCUCAGUGUCAUCCCGCUCCAGCUGCUGUCUUUCCACCUGGCUGUGCUCAGAGGAUACGAUGUGGAUUGCCCAAGGAACUUGGCAAAAUCAGUGACGGUGGAAUAAAACCCUUGUGUAUCAACAGCUUUAAAGUGUGACCUUUAAACAAACAAACACACCCCCACACACACACACACACACACAUACAGAAAACAAAAUUUCUUUCUUAAACUCUUUUUACCUUGUUCCUUUCUGAACCUCCGUGUGAGGUGUAGCAGCUGUUGAUUGUAACGUCCUUUUCAUCGGUGGUGGCAGGGUGUGGAGUCACUGUCUUUAACACACUUCCUCUUCUGUGAAGGUUGGCUUCAUUGUCCAGUUUUUAUCAUGACGUAAAUCAAUCUAAAUGGCAAAUAAAGAAACCUUGUAUUAUGUUUAUAACUAGUAUUGCUAGUCCGUACGUGCCAGUCGUUCCCAAAUACUUUAGAUGAAACCAAUUUGAAAUCUUGAUGCUGUGUAAUGUUGAUCCCAUGAAGCAUAAUUUGGGGUUCGUUUCAUUGCGGAAAAUAGAAACUGUUACAUUUGCAUUUGGCCGACGAGCAGUUUAGCCAAUGCUGCUUUGUUACAUACGGAGAUUUAACUUGUAUCUCCAGCGAGUGCAGAUUGAUGUUGAGGUACAAUCAAUGUUAUGUUCAUAAACUUUAGAUCAAAAAUCGAACACAAAGUAAACACGUCCUCGACGUGGAGAAUCCAAAUGUUUUAAUCCCAGUGCUUUUCAGUGCCUUUCCUGGCACACGUUAGCACUAGUUACUGAAGUCCUGACUGCAGGGAAUUUUUUUGACUUUUGAUUUUUGUAUUUACUUGAAUUUUAUCUUCAGCGUUGUUACACGAGUUACUUCCUAAUGUUUCUGAUGUUGCCUCUGAUCUGGUUUGUGCUAUGAAGCGUUUUUAAGCACGUUGUUGCUGCAAAACGGUCCAGUCUGACGGCGUGGGUUGUUUUCUAUAACAGCAGAUCAGUUUGUCUUUUGGUUUCAUUUCUAUAGUAGCAGCUCAAUCACAGGGACUUGACAGUGUAAGUCUACUGAUAUACAACUGUAACAUCUCUGUUCACUUCCUAUAUGGAGACAUUUAUUGAACACGUAUGGAAGGAGUCUUCAGCGUCAGCACUUUGUAACAGCCGGCUUGUUUCUGCGCCCGAAUGGGAGAGGAUAAGCUUUACAGACUGAUGUUACUUUAUAAACUCAAGACUGAUGAAUUGAUAAAACAUGAGAUUCAUAAUUAAUCUUCAGCUAUUUUUUUUUUUACUUUACUUUUUACUUUUUUACGUUUAUAGUCAGUGGAAGAACCCAGAAAAACACAGAAAACAUGACGUAAAUUUGUUCUUUUUUCGUUCUUUCUUUCUUUCUUUUCUUUUUCUUUCUAACCUUUUUCUUCUUUUGUUUUAAUUUGUGUACACAGCUACUCCACACCAUGCCACCUUCCUCCUCUUUGAAUGUUACCAGGGACCAUCCGCUUUAUACUUGCUCUUUUUUCUGCUGUUUUUUCUUUAUUAAAACGUUAAUAAAUUGUUCUUUAUUAAAGUAUUUCUUUUUUUUUUUUUUUUACUGGUAUAUUCUUUAUUAUUUGUAUUGCCUGUAUACCUAAAUGUAAAAAUCUCAUCUUGUUAUUUAGAAUUUUUUCCUUUCGGGUUCUCGAAAUCAUAGUAAUAAUAAUAAGAAUAAUUAUUAAUAGAUAAAUAAAUAAUGGCUUUCUUGAGCGAUUUGUUUAGAAGGAUCAUGCAGGUUUAAAUCCAAAGUACUAUCAAACCUUUUUUUAUUUAUUGAUUAUUCUCUCGAUUCCCUUCUGUUCGACUCUGCCUGGUUAUUUGAGCCCGUUAUUAGCAGUCAGGUUGAGGGUGAGUGUGUGUUUUCGACAUAAUCCCGUCGUGCAUUUAUAUGUUUAGAGCCAAAAUAUCGAAUAAUCAUUAUUAAUAUAUGCUGCUGAGUCUCUUGUAACUCUCCUCUGAGUUUUAGAGCCUUAUUUCCUGAAUAAAAUGAAGGCGCUGUAUCGUCCGUUGUGUUUUGAAUGUGGUUAUGGGAUUUUAUCUACAACACGAGUAGUUGCAAUAAAAUAGUCAACAAUUA